CCACCAAAGUUUGGUUAGCGUUCAGUACUAAUAAAAACAAUCUAAAUAUAGAAUGCUUUCAUCAAUAAUUAAUUAAAAGUCGAAUUAAUUAUAAGUUAAUUAGUUAUUAGUUUAAUUAUAAGUCGAUUACUGUUUCAGCAAACUGCCUUGAAAGUGAUCAAAAAUAGUCGGCCUUUGACUGGUUUGUUUGUUCGUUCGUAUAAUUGUGACGUUAUUUAUUGAGACGGACCUUAUUGCCCAUCGCGCUUACGCCAUUAUCAGCGAUGCUCCUAUACCGGGUGUUUCCUGUAACAUGAGCAAUAAAUUAAACUGUAGGCUGUACUCCUCAAACUGACCAACAUUUGUUCAACAACUUUGAGAAAUAACUUAUGUUUUGAUUUUUAUUACACAUUGAAGUUAAUUCUAAGACGCAAUGUAUUGCGAAUUUUGUUAUGUUUAAAGCGUGACAAGAAACGUCAAAGACACUGAUGUCAGCGUACAUUGAAAAUAAUAUUAAAUUUUGUAUGAACAAGUUAAAAUAUAAAGAUUUCAUAAUUUUUAAAAGUUGUUAUUCAGAACUUAUAUCGUUUUAGGAGUACAAUAUAUGGUUUAAUUAUUUGAUCGUGUUACAGGAAACACCCGGUAUAAAUACAACGCUGCGCUACGCAGUGCGGCGUUAGCACCCUCGACAAAAGAUCCAGGUUUCAUAGAUAACGUCACAAUUAAUUCAAUUUACAAUUAAUAAGAUAAAUUUCAACCAAACGUUAAUUUCUCUUUAACUUUUAAUUUUAUGCACUUGCACUGAUUUUAAUAUUUUAGAGAACACUUUUAAAGCAGUUAACUGAAACACUAAUCGACAUAUAACUAUUUAUUAAAGCACUCUUUAUUUAUAUUUUACUAUUUCUACUGUUUUUAUUAGUAUUGAACUCAAACAAAAUUUUGGUGGUAACUACUGGGAAUAACAAUUCCCACCUUUUACCAGUGGUAACUUCUGGGAAAAAAAUCCCAGUAGUUACCGCCAAACCGAGUUGGUAACUAGUGGGUUUUUUCCCAGUAGUCACCUGUGGUAAAAAGUUACAUGUGGUACCGCAUGAAUACCAAUUUUGCCCAGUGUCAAACCGUGAGUUGUGUGUGACGCCACCAGAAUCAAUGUCGUUUCAACUUGGGUCACGUGACAUGUGUUAAAAGAUGUUUUAUCUACACACAUAUCAUAAACCCUCUAUGAUGCCUCCAAAUCUGUAAAUAAUGGCAAACAUUCCGAUAAACAGUUUUGUUACAGCAAAUUUCUUAUCUGUGAUGAUGUUGUUAUUGCUUCAUAACUGCAUUAAAAUCGAUUUGGUUAGACAUUCAAAUUUGCAACAUCUCUGAAAAAAAAAGCAAUUCGAAUUUACCUCUAUUCUAAUAUCAGUAGAGAUGCCUUUUUGUUCGAAAUGAAAUGUCAAUUAAUACAAUUUUGACAUAUCUCGCAUGUUAGUUUGUAUCGAUCGAAUGAUACGAAAAUAGGCCCCUGACUGUAGUUUGUCUCUGAAUUAAAAAAAAACUACUGAUGCGUGAUAUGCGUUGAAAAAGUUUUCAUUUGCCGCCAUUUGACGUACAGUUUAUCUUUUAAUUAGUUUUAAGUAUAAAAUGAGUAUGUUCUGUUGUUUUUAAAGUAACUAUUGCAAAAGCUGCGUGUAAAAUGACCGAUAAUAAUAUUUCGGUGAUGCCACCAGAUAUCCGCGAGUUCCGCCAAGAGAGCAAAGAUACCCCAACGUUGGCUGUAAUUUGGGUUAGUGAAUAUAUCAUAGAAAGUUUAUGAUAUGUGUGGAGAUAAAAUAGUGUUAAAUAAGAUAAACUGUACAUAAUUAGGCAUUAAAACACUCGUGUGACCCUUUUAAGAAACUCACUUCGUUCGUUUCUUAAACUCACGCUCGUGUAUUUUAAUGCCUUUUAUUAUGUAGCAGUCACAUAAACUACUAUUAAAUUCAAUAUUUACAAAAAUAUGUUCAUUAGAGGUCCACUAAAGGUACUUAAAGUAUGUCAUGUUCUUAUAAUCCAUAAGAAUUUAUUGGGAUAUUAUUCUGCCCUAAGAUUUGUAGAUGGAAACAACCCUAUUCUGACUUUAUUUGGACAUUGUGAAACUGGCCUGAAAAGGCCCUUGUAAAUCAAGUUUUAAGUCGGCAGUUAUUAUUCUUUAUUCAAUUAAAAUGUAAAUGUUAAAAUAAAUUGUAAAUGUAACUUAAAAUUAAAACCAGUUGUUUGUAUUAAGAGGUUUAUUUACAUUAAUGUAUGUGAUCUCUUUGGAAGUUUAGCAAUGCAAUUUAAAAGAAAAUUGACCAUCAAAACGCUGUCAAGCUGGACAUGUUUCCAUUGUCAGUAAUUUUUCUCUUCAUUCUUAUACCAUGUAUUUCCAGUCAUGAUGAUAACGAUGUUAUCGAAGAUGAUAAUAAAAUUGUAUUAAAGCCUUCAGAAUUGGCGGGUCUCGUAUUAAAAGAGCGAAUAAAGACAGAACUUAAGAAAACCAGAUCAUGCAGCAAACAAUAUAUGCACACAGUAAAGAGUACUAACGCUGACAUAGAAGACUUGCCGAUUACGAGCAAUAAAUUAGAAGAAAGCGAUAGCAACGAUGAAAUGUUGCUAAACCGCAAAGUGUGGAGCCGUUGGAGUAAGUGGGGCUCGUGUUCGGUGAGCUGCGGCUCGGGGUUCAUGGCGCGGCGGCGAGCAUGCGUGGCCGGCCGCUGCGCUCGCGGCGAGCGCGAGGAGCAGCGCCGCCCGUGCCGCCGCACGCCCUGCCCGCCAACCACGUACGAACCCCGCGCCCGAGCCACAGCCCGAGCCCCAAUCACCAAACCUUUACUUGUUAUAUAACAUAAUGCAACAAAACGGGCGUGAAUGCAUUGCAUAAGUGCCAGAAAUACAUUUAACGAAAGAGGAAAGGGGACGGCUGCUUCUCCAUACAAACGUAGUCCCCAUUUUCCUCUCUGGAUAUUGAAAAUAUUUUAACACGUUAAUAAUGUCAACAUCCACAGAGGAAAAUGAGGACUGCGUUAGUAUAAAAAGGCGAUAUCGCGCGGGUCCUCCACUUUUUCGUCUUAAAAGUAUAAUUUUAGAAGUUUUUAAAUAACAGGUUCCCUUUCCAUUUAUCCCAAUGUGGGUUCAGGAGUCCGUGCUUCAACUGUGGGGCUACAACUUCAAAGUGGAAGCACAUUUGAACGUGUGACUUUGUCAUAAUUAUCAUUUUGUAUGGGGACAAUGAACGUAAUAAAGUUUCAUUAAGGUA